UAUAUCGAUCACACCAUACAUGUCAUAUAUGUACGGACCGGUACUCACUCAAUGCCCCGAGCUACCCAUCCACCUCACAGUCUAGAGUCUCGCGCUUCCGCAAGAGCUGAUGCCCUUCUCUGCCGCGCUCGCGAGCACGAGACAUCGCCAUGUCGAGCGAGCUCUCCCCCCGCUCGUCGCCUUCGCUGUUCGCCGCCUCCCCUCCCGUUGACAUCGCGCGGAGAGACGAUCACUACCAUGAAGCCUCGACGCCGCUUCGGGGCCAGGCCACCGAGACGAGCAGCGGCGGCGGCGUGAAGCUCCGGCGGCGGUGGCAGCGCGGGCGGCGGCAGCUGGGGCGCGCGCUCGGGGCGUGGGCGCUGGACCCGCGCGCCCGGUGGGUCCGGGAGUGGGACCGGGCCUACCUGGUGGCGUGCGCGGCGGGGCUGGUGGUGGACCCGCUGUUCCUGUACGCGGUCUCCGUGAGCGGGACGCUCAUGUGCGUCUUCCUCGACGCCUGGCUCGCGGCGGCGGUCACCGCGCUCCGCUGCGCCGUCGACGCCAUGCACGCUUGGAACUUCCUCACGCAGCUCCGCCUCGCCCGCGCGGCCUCGGCGCCGAAGAGCGGCGGCACCGGGACCGGGGUCGCGGACGAGGAGCAGGCCGACGCGGCGGAUCAGCUUCUAGACGGCGCCGCUGCCGCGGGCAGCAAUAACAACCGGAUGCCGCCGCCGUACGCCAGGAGGUCCAGGAAAGGGAUGGCACUCGACUUCUUCGUCCUCCUCCCCGUGAUGCAGGUGGUGGUGUGGGUGGCUGCGCCGGCGAUGAUCCGGGCGGGGUCGACGACGGCGGUGAUGACGGUGCUGCUGGUGGCGUUCCUGCUGGAGUACCUCCCCAAGAUCUACCACUCCGUCUCCUUCCUCCGGCGGAUGCAGAACCAGUCGGGCCACAUCUUCGGCACCAUCUGGUGGGGCAUCGUCCUCAACCUCAUGGCCUACUUCGUCGCCGCCCAUGCUGUGGGCGCGUGCUGGUACCUGCUCGGGGUGCAGAGGGCGACCAAGUGCCUCAAGGAGCAGUGCUUCCUUCUCCAGUCCGGGUGCUCGUCGUCCGGGGCGGCCGUGGCGUGCGCCAACCCGCUCUACUACGGCGCAGCGAAGUCCGUCGUCAGCGCCGGCGGCGACAGGCUCGCCUGGGCCAACGACGGCAGGGCCAGGAACACGUGCCUCGGCGGCAGCGGCGAGAACUACCAGUACGGCGCCUACAAGUGGACCGUCAUGCUGGUGGCCAACACCAGCCGCCUCGAGAAGAUGCUGCUCCCCAUCUUCUGGGGUCUCAUGACGCUCAGCACGUUCGGGAACCUGGAGAGCACGACGGAGUGGCUGGAGAUCGUGUUCAACAUCGUGACCAUCACGGGCGGGCUGAUCCUGGUGACCAUGCUGAUCGGCAACAUCAAGGUGUUCCUGAACGCUACCACGUCCAAGAAGCAGGCCAUGCACACGCGGCUGCGGAGCGUCGAGUGGUGGAUGAAGCGCAAGAACCUGCCGCAGGAGUACCGGCACCGGGUCCGGCAGUUCGAGCGGCAGCGGUGGGCGGCCACACGGGGCGUCGACGAGUGCCAGAUCGUGCGCGACCUCCCCGAGUCCCUCCGCCGCGACAUCAAGUACCACCUCUGCCUCGACCUCGUCCGCCAGGUCCCCUUCUUCCAGCACAUGGACGACCUCGUCCUCGAGAACAUGUGCGACCGCGUCAAGUCCCUCAUCUUCCCCAAAGGCGAAACCAUUGUGAGGGAAGGGGAUCCGGUGCAGAGGAUGCUGUUCAUAGUGCGGGGGCACCUGGAGUGCAGCCAGGCGCUGAGGAACGGGGCGACGAGCAGCUGCACGCUGGGGCCGGGCAACUUCAGCGGGGACGAGCUGCUGUCGUGGUGCCUGAGGAGGCCGUUCAUGGAGCGGCUGCCGGCGUCGUCGUCGACGCUGGUGACCAUGGAGAGCACGGAGGUGUUCGGGCUGGACGCCGCCGACGUCAAGUACGUCACGCGCCACUUCCGGUACACCUUCACCAACGAAAAGGUGCGCCGCAGCGCGCGGUACUACUCGCCCGGGUGGCGCACCUGGGCGGCCGUGGCCGUGCAGCUCGCGUGGAGGCGGUACAAGCACCGCAAGACGCUGGCGUCGCUGUCUUUUAUCAGGCCCCGCCGGCCCCUGUCGAGGUGCUCGUCCAUGGGGGAGGAGAAGCUCCGGCUCUACACCGCCAUCCUCGCCUCGCCCAAGCCCAACCAGGACGACGAUUUCUAGUUGUAGGCUUCCUAGCUAGCUAGCUAGCCCAUGGGUGCACAGGAGACGGCCCAUACCCUGCAUGCUGCUGCUGGGCUUUUGUUCUACCGGGGAGAAGGGUUGCAGGCUUGCAGCCUUGCAGGAACCUAGCGAUGGAUGUAAAGCUGUGGAUCUCGAGUACUCCUACAUAAAUCCGCAAAACGAUGAACAUCGUAGCACAUGGGGAUAUGCUAAAUCCUUAGUCAUUUCAGAAAUGUCGAUGUCAAAAUUGUAUACCGGCUUAAUACGCAUCACAAAUCGUCGUAGUAUUAUGCACAGCUAUAUCUAUCUGUUAAUUGUUAGUUAGUGCUUGUGAUUAUUUCUCUAAA